UGUUGUCUGCACUCACAACUUCUUUCCGCGCACUUGCUCUUCAUAUUCGCAUUGCUAUCGGCAUGCACGACUACCCCCCUCCCCCAGCCAAUGCUUUGACCGACUUUCCGCCUACCGAUGGCAACCCCAUUCCCGUCUCUUUUUGGCGUCAACUACUCACAAACCAUUGCCUCGUAGAGCCCGAUUCGCGACAAUACGAGGUAAUCGAAAUCAAGCGCUGCAAAAAGACGAGCGGCACUCAGCACGAAUAUAUUCUUGCCACUAUACGGCACCCAAACCACAACACCAGGCUUCGCAUCGAGAGAUUUCGGGAAAGUGUCGAUGAUGCCGGAGUACCCAUUCUCCUCGAAUCCCAGCGAAGCGCAUUGGUAGCCAUGCCAGAAGACACUAGUACACCAGGGCUUUGGUCGGCGUGGUCGAUAGAGAGGAAUGAUCCUCGAUCUCCCAGCGCCGCAUGCAAAGCUUCAAACAGUGCCAGUCAAAGCAGUGUCAAGAUCAGUAAAAUUGGCGAGGCCCACGAUACUGUCAGGUUCUGGGAACUCCAUGUGCAUCCACUUGAGCCCAUGACGGAAAGAAUCCUCGAGGUUCUCGACCUCUCUCAAAACCCCCUUCCGAUGUACCAGCUCGCCAUACUUGCCAAUGUGGUUCAUGACCAGGAGUCUCUCUACAACUUGUUCAAGUCCCAGUGUUAUUGGUAUACCAACAUGAUUGCAAGGGUCAUUGCCAGAAGAAACUCGAUCAACAGUGACCAGGAAUCAGGAAAUCCGGCCACCGACACCGAUCACUGCUUCGACCCAAGAGACGGGAAAUUCUGGAGGAUUCCUGUUCAUACAGUUCGCCCCAAGAUCGUUGACGCUAUCGAGAAAGAAUUCAAUGCGCGUUGCGCAGCUUUCGACCAGGAGUGCCAGGUAGUACUAGUGCACCCGCCCAUGGCCAAAGAGGUCAGGGCGCUCCAAGACGAGAAUGCGGCUUUGAGAGAGCAAAUCCAUAUGCUGCAACGUGAAAAUCGAGCAGGCCGGCCGCCGUUGCAUGUGCACAUCCCUCAGACCCAUUCGCCCGUUAAUAAUUGGAGGCCGCGCCCCUUCCAUCCCCUACAUCGAGUAGAGGAGUCAUCAGCCGCGACUUGGGCAGAGCGGGCAGAAAGGGUUCAAAGGGUGUUCAGGCAUGCGUACGAUGGGUACACGUCACAUUCUGAGGGGUACGAUGAAUUGCUUCCGGUGACAGGAGGGAAAGCCAAGAAGUUCAAUGGAUGGGGUCUCACUCUCUUCGAUGCUCUGGGUACGAUGUGGACGAUGGGGCUUCAUAAUCUGUUUCGAGAGUCCCUAGGGGCAAUUGCAAGAACAAAUUUUACUUUGCCCGAGGGUGAAUUUGCUAACUUCCACGAUUCAACGCACCGCUACCUUGGUGGCCUCCUUUCUGCCUAUGCCCUUUCUCGGGAGUCGAUGCUCCUAACGAGAGCAGAUGACCUAGGGAAAUCCCUCCUGACUGUAUACAACUCCUCAUCAGGACUCCCGUCGAUUGCUGUGGAUUCAUUGGGACAAACUUCGAUGGAAGGAAAGGCUGAACUUCUACUAACAACGGUGUUAACUGGCCAGCUAGAAUUGCGCCAUCUAGCACAUGUUACAGGACGAGCAGAUUACUUCCUUAAGGUUGAAGCCGUGAUGAAGUCUAUAGAACGGCAUUCAGUGACCUUAGACGCUCUACCAUCUAAGUGGGAUCCUAAUACAGGUCUGCCAGCAAACAGCCAUUAUUCGGUGGGCGAACACUCAGACACCGCACUGCCCACUCUCCUUAAGCAAUGGGUGCUAACAGCAAAAUUGGAUCGUCGAAGCCUAGAUUUAUGCCUGAAGUACGCCAAUUAUAUCAUCCAGAAUCUCCUCUUCAUAACCAAGAAACGGCGACUCCUAUACGUGACUGACAUCGACAACGGCCAGGUUUGCUGGCGCUUGGGGUACACAAUCUCGGAAUCUCGCGACCGAGAGUUGCACCUAUGGGCGGCACAAGGGUUGGCAUAUACUUGUUGGGUCACCUACGCUGACCAGAUGUCGGGUUUAGGUCCAGAGGAGGUACAGAUGGAGGCUUGGUUGGGUCCUGAAGGGGAGCAAUUCGGAAGAUGGAUGCAACAUGUCGAAGAGUGGGAAACCAGAGGAAAGAAAGGGACAGGACCGCCUGGUACGAAACAGAGCGAGAAAUAUGAAUCGUCUGUCGAGGAACGUGAAUAUGUGCAUCUGCGACCUUGGUACCUUCUUAAGGCCGAGGUGAUUGAAAGUUGUUAUAUACUGUGGAAGACGACGAAGAACGGUAUCUGGAGAGAACGGGGCUGGUCGAUUUUUGAGGCGAUCGAGCGUCAAGCAAAGACUGAAUAUGGCUACGCUGGCAUCCUUCAAGUUGACCAAAUUCCGACUCCGCUGAAAGACGAAAUGCCGAGGUAUUUCUUGGGCGAGACUCUCAAAUACCUCUACCUCCUCUUCACGAACGAAGACCCAAUUCCGUUGAACUCAUGGGUCUUCAAUACUAAAGGACAUCCUUUUCCUGUCUUCAAGUGGAGUGAUUGGGAGAAGCAGGAUUAUAACAUCAAGGCCUAGA